GAACGACAGCCUAUCAGAGCGCUACAUGGUGCUCAUGCGAAUGAAGUCCCAAGAGGCAGCAGAUGGCUUCUUCCGACAGUUCAACAACAAACCAUUCUCCUCCAUGGAGAGCGAGUUGUGCCGGGUGCUGUUCACGAAGCAGGUGGUGGUGACGGGGUCACAGGAGGAGGCAGCCACGCCCCCUGCCGGCCUCACAGAGCUGCCCUCCUGCCCCGUCUGCCUCGAGCGCCUGGAUCGGCACAUCAGCGGCAUCCUCACGACAGUGUGCAACCACUCGUUCCACUCCUCCUGCAUCUCCAAGUGGACCGACUCCUCCUGCCCCGUGCGUGCUGUGUGUUCCUCCGUGUCUUGUAUGUGUGUCGCUACUGCGAGCAGCCGGCAGACAAGGCGCAGUGUGCCGUGUGCGGCUCUCACGACAGCCUCUGGAUCUGCCUCAUCUGUGGAUUCGUGGGCUGUGGCCGCUACCAAGGGGGCCACGCAGAGUCGCACUUCCGCGCGUCCCAGCACUGCUACUCGCUGGAGGUGGCGUCGCAGCGCGUGUGGGACUAUGUGGGUGACGCCUUCGUGCACCGCCUCGUGCUCUCCAAGACCGACGGCAAACUCGUUGAACUCCCCGCCCCGGGGGACCUGGGGGCGGGGGGACGUGGCGCAGGGGGAGGCGGAGGCGGAGGGGGAGGAGGUGGGGGAGAUGGGGGAGAUGGGCGUGUGGGAGGGGAGGGCGGGGCGGGUGGUGCUAGGGAGGGGAGUGAUGGAGGGGGGAAAGAGAAAGGGGGGAGUGGCGGAGUGGGGAGUGCAGGGGGAGGGGGAGGGGGGGAUGAGGGGCAGUGUGAGGUGGGGCCCGGGGGUAGCUGCAGCAACCAGCACCAUCGCCACGGGGGGGAUGAGGAAUUCGCCCAGGCUGUCAUGAACAGUAAACUGGAAUCGUACUUUGAGGGGCUGUUAGCAGCAGCAAAGGCCGAGAGGGACGAGGCGGUGGCAGCAGCAGAGGCGGCAAGGGAGAGUGUGAAGGUGCAAAAGCUGCAGUCUAGACUCGAGCGCGCCGAGCAGGAGAAGGAGUUCCUGCGACAGGUGAACGACUCGCUGAUCAAGAACCAGAAGCAGUGGCAGGAGAAGUUCAAGCAGCAGGAGGAGAGGUGA